AUGCCAGUUUACUACGUCAACCGAAUCCUCCGAGGUCCGGAGACCAGAUACAGUCAAGCGGAGAAACUCGUGCUGGCCUUAAUCCAUACAGCCCCCAGGCUUAAGCCCUACUUCUUAGCUCACCACAUCUGCUUGAGAACUGACCAACCCCUCAGGCAAGUUUUAUCACGGCCAGAGGCUUCCGGACGUCUCACUAAAUGGGCCAUCGAGCUGGGGGAGUACGACUUGUCUUACGAGUCUCGUACCGCAAUCAAGGCACAGGCCCUUGCGGAUUUUCUCGCCGAACUCACUUUUGAUGAGGUGAAGGAGACCACCUCGGCUGCCGCCGAGCUCCAACGUUGGAUUUUGCAUGUGGAUGGCUCGUCUAAUAGUGAGGGUAGUAGGGCGGGCUUACUCCUCGAAGACCCCCAGGGAGAGAUACUGGGCGAAUAUGAGGCCAGGGAAGAGGUGAUGAACCGCUACCUCUCCAAGACGGUUCUCAUAGAAGUAUUGGCCGAGCCGAGGUACAAAGGAGAGGUCGUGUACCCUAUCUAUCUUGGGGACAUCUGGAUGGAGCCUUUGAUCCGAUUUCUCAGCCAGGGGGAGCUCCCCGAGGACCGAGCUGAGUUGAGAAAGCUGCAGCGCAAAGCAGCUCGGUACGCUUUUGGGCAAAAUCUCUUAUACAAGAGGUCGUACCUCGGUCCUUGGCUGCGGUGCAUUACACAGGAAGAAGGUAACAGAAUCCUGCAAGACAUACACGAGGGAUUUUGUGGUGCUCACGUCGGCUACAGGAUGCUCGUCAAAAAAGUUUUGUUGCUUGGGUAUUUCUGGCCCACCAUGAGGGUGGAUACCCAGGUCAUGGUCCUUAGUUGUCCGUCUUGCCAGUACCACGCCCCUGAGCACCACCAGCCGACUAAUUUCAUGAUUCCCAUCACCUCGCCAUGGCCCUUCGAGCAAUGGGGGACUGACAAAAUCGGCCCAUUUCUUAGAACUCCAGGCAACUACGCCUACGUAGUGGUGGCAGUAGAUUACUUCACCAAAUGGGUCGAGUCAAAGCCUCUGAGAAGUAUCACCGGAGCAGCCGUUCAAAAAUUCUUCUGA